UUUUGUUUCAGAUUAUUAAAACUUAAUAAAUCUCGUGACCCAUUAAGUAAUAAGACUAAACAAAAAUGUCAGGACGUGGAAAGGGUGGAAAAGGUUUAGGAAAGGGUGGAGCUAAGCGCCAUCGUAAGGUAUUGCGUGACAACAUUCAAGGUGUUACUAAACCAGCCAUAAGGAGGUUGGCACGUAGGGGUGGUGUAAAGCGUAUAUCAGGUUUGAUAUAUGAGGAAGUGAGAGGCGUUUUGAAGGUUUUCCUUGAGAACGUUGUUAAGGAUUCCGUUACCUACACUGAGCACGCCCGUAGGAAGACAGUCACUGCCAUGGACGUUGUCUAUUCACUUAAGAGACAAGGAAGAACCCUUUACGGUUUCGGUGGUUAAACUUUUUAACCUCUUGUCACUAUUGUAAUCCCAAUUUAAUAUUCGCCCGGA